AUGGAAGAAUCCUCAUGGGAAUCUAAUGUCACAGAUUCCAUCAAUGCCAUUUAUCUUCUAUUUUCAGCUUACCUAGUCUUUGUCAUGCAACUCGGGUUCGCCAUGCUUUGCGCGGGCUCUGUUCGGGCCAAAAACGCAAUGAACAUCAUGCUGACAAAUGUAGUCGAUGCUGUUGUUGGAAGCCUAUCUUAUUUCCUGUUCGGUUUCGCCUUUGCCUUUGGCGAAGGCCCGAACAAGAACCCGUUUAUCGGUACAGCACAUUUUGCUCUAAUCGAUAUUCCCACAAGCUCCUAUGACUAUAGCUUCUUUCUAUACCAAUGGGCUUUUGCGAUUGCUGUUGCGGGCAUCACGAGUGGGUCGAUUGCCGAGAGGACCCAAUUCAGCGCCUACUUAAUCUUCUCGUUUUUCCUAUCCGGGUUCGCAGCUGGGCAGGGGCAGUGGACGGCCGUGGGCCGGACAGCUGUCACCACCACAUUGGCCGGGUCCACGGCCGGGAUCAUGACCCUUUUCGCCCGUCGGGUGCUCGUGGGUCACUGGGACGGGCUCGAUGUCUGCAACGGCUUGCUGGGCGGGUUUGUAGCGAUUACCUCGGGCUGCUCGGUCGUGGAGCCUUGGGCCGCGAUCGUUUGUGGGCUUGUAGCAGCCUGGGUUCUAAUCGGGCUCAACGUCUUGGCCCUGAAGAUGAAGCUCGAUGACCCGUUGGAGGCGGCCCAGCUGCACGGGGGGUGUGGGGCCUGGGGCUUGAUAUUCACCGGGCUGUUUGCGAAGGAGGAGUUUGUGGCGCAGGUUUACGACUCGGGCCGUGUUGGGCCGGGCCGGCCGUACGGGCUCUUGUUGGGUGGUGGUUGGGGCCUGAUUGGGGCUCAAGUGGUUGAGCUUUUGGUUGUGGUGGGAUGGGUAAGCUUAACUAUGGGGCCAUUGUUUUAUUUGCUUCAUUGGCUUGGGAUUUUGAGGAUAUCAAGAGAUGAUGAAGUGGCUGGGCUUGAUGUGUCCAGCCAUGGAGGAUAUGCUUACAACAAUGCUCAUCAUGAAGAGGAGACGGGCCCACUGGUUUAUGGUGAAUAUAUGCGGCUGCAAAAUAAUUUGUAG